AUGCCUCGAACAAAAGUCACAGUAAAAUAUGGCAAACGGUCGACGCGGACCAAGGCCGAACGUCUAUUCGCCGAGCUGCCCCAGAGUCCAGUGCGAAAACCAGUAGUUGUGGACAUCGACGAAACUAUAGCUUCAGUGACAGAAAAGCUGUCGACAGUGCAAAUAGAAGGCGCACCAAAGCAGCCACGAAGAUCACCUCGGAAAAGCGUCAAGCGAAUAGAAAUCAUAGAUGAUGCGACCGACUCCUCAGACACCCCAGAAGACCUAGGCGACUCGGACUAUAGAAACUCCAAGGGCGAUUCUCAAGACGCCGCCUCUCGAAGCAAUGACACCAGCGAGGAAGACGGGAAAGAGAAUUUACUGGACGAAAUAGCUGGCGACAUAUCACUGCGGAUUUUGACCUGGGACGAGGUCUGCCCCCCAGGAGACCGCAUAGAGAAGAUCGCAGAGGCCUCCUACGCAGAGGUAUACCGCGUCACAAAUGAGCGAGGAACCAGUGUGAUUAAGGUUAUCCGUUUAACCUCGCCGAUCAAACCCCAGACCAAAGCCCAGGUGCGAUCCAAGCUUGUCGACGAAGAGCCUCAUUCCGAGGAGGAUGUCAACGGCGAGUUGCAGAUAUCCGAGUGGUUGGCCGACAUCCCUGGGUUUGUGGUAUACAAGGAGAGAUAUAUCGUCCAAGGAAAGACGUCGAGAGCGUUACUCGAGACGCACCAAGUGUUCCAGAGGCGGAUGAAGAGAAAGGACCCUGGACGAGCACAGUUCUAUCCAUCACCAAGUCGGUAUCUGGACGAUACCAAAUUUUUGGUUGUCGAGUUGGGGGAUGCUGGCACUGCGUUGGAGGAUUGGGAGUUGAGAAACGAGAGUGAGCUAUGGGAUAUUUUCUUCCUCGAGGCCAUUGCUUUGGCCAGGGCGGAGGAGCUCGCCAUGUUUGAGCAUCGAGAUCUUCAUGAGGGCAACUUGUGUAUCAGACAAGCACGGCCCCGGACGCAAAGGAAACCUGGAUCGCAGGGAUACUUUGGCUAUUCAGGUGUCGACAUCACCAUCCUGGACUACGGACUGUCACGAGCGGAGGAUCUGUCCAUCGACCUUGCAAAACCGAUUGCCUACGACCUGGAGCGGGAUCUUGGUUUAUUCACGAGCACCCAUGCUGCGCAAUGCAGAGUAUACCGUCAGAUGCGGUCUUUCCUGCUUCGAGCGGACCGCAAGUGUCUUCCCCCCGAGGCACACAAGACCCCCUAUGCCAAGGGAGUCGACGGGCCACUUUGCUGGGAGGCAUACGUGCCAUACACUAAUGUGCUGUGGUUGGCUUAUCUUUACGAAUAUCUGCUUGAUAACUUUCGAGGGGACGCGAAGGAGCUGGCGCAUUUUGAGGAACAGACGGCCGAUAUGUGGGCGUACUUGAACCCCGAUGCCGACGACAGUGUGCCCUGCUUCGGCGCCGCAGGCGACAUUGUGUGCUUUGCCGUCGAAUCGGGCUGGAUCCGGGAAGAACAGCUCAUCGGGUCAGAGGCGUCCAUGAUUGAGAGAGAGGAUAGCAUCAUUGUAUCGAAAGAAGAUGGGGACGUAGACGUGUUGUCGAGGCGGUUGUCGAAGAGGUUAUGA